CUGAUCACGCAUAGUAUAUCUUCUUUUUCCUAGUUUCUAUGGUUACGCGCCGAUAUUUAGAGUUUAGCUCACUGGCAAGCAGUAGCUGGAGUUGUUGAUUGGUGGAUCUAGUGAGAUGUAUAGAUAUGAAUCAUAGGAUUCAACGAAUGAACUGCGUUUUAAUUAAAAUCGUUGGGUUAUUUUUGGAAUAAGUACGGUAUAUGCUAAGAAAAGUUGUUUUGAACAAGCUGAAUGAAAGUAUGAAAAAGGAAUAAUUUGUACUAAAGUCCUACGUUGGUUGAAGGGUUUAUAAGAUUUUUUAACAAUAUUCAAUUCUGGUCUCUGAAAUGACCAGUAUAUUUGAUUUAUUUGAUGGUGUGAGAGGAUCUGUUAAAGAAACCACCUUGAUGUUUGGUCAAACAACUGGGCAUGCUGGCCCACCCAAGUCAAGUAUUUCAAAUAUAUCAGGUGAGGCACCGACAAAAAUAUUUGGAACAAUGGGAAUAAAACCAAAAGGUUUAUCUUUACGUUCUAUAUCUGAUAUGAAUGUUCGCCCAAAUAGCCCUCGACCUACAAAAGUAUAUAAGGGUUGCAAGGAAUAUGAAUUUUUGAAGCCAAACUUGACUCAGGUAGACACUUUUGGAUGUCCGAUAUCACCACGGAGCCAGAAUAAGCUACCAAAGAAUCAGAAAUGUCAGGAAUCUUCAUCAGCAAGAAAAUCUCCAAAAGUUAAUCUUAUGAAAAAACUCAAUAAUGAAUAUGUUUUCAAAAGCCCAUUGGUUCCAUGGAAGACUGUGAAGAAAAUAUAUCCUGAACCAGAAGUAUUGGCUCCCUUCUAUGAUGAAGAAGAAGAAUUAAAUAAUAUUUAUAGUAGAACAUUGGAGAAAGAAUACAAGCAUUUGACAAUAGCUUUUAAUAAGGCAACAUUGCAAGAGGAUGAAGGAUUUGUAUCAGAUCCCGAAUUUCUACCCUCACCUGAGAAAUUGUCUAUUCAAAUGUUCGACGAGGGUUUCGAUAACGAAUCAAUUGUUAAUUACUCACUGGAUCUUCCAGAAAUAUCAGAUGAUGAUCUUGAAUGAAAGCAUCUAACUUUGCGUUCUAUAAUUAUGAUAUAAGUAUAAUAUAUGCUAAAAAUGUGUGAUUUAUAAUGAAUAAUUUUGUACUUUUUUAAAAUAAAGGAGGAAUAUAUGUUAA